AAGAUGAGAUAUUUAGAGUCCGCAGCCCCCACGCCCCGCCCCCAGAGGGUUCAGGCAGAGGUGAAGAUACCACCAGGAAGUAGUUUCCGCCCUGGCAAUGACAUCCAUGAAAGAUGGGUCCCCUUUCUGUUGUUUGGCAAAUGUUGAAAGAUCAGGAGUGUUUUUAUGACCUGAGACCUUGGUGGGACUCAGAAUCACAACUGCGUAAUUCAGACAUGCACCCAAAUCCCAUAAUUGCUAUCACGAGUGUCUAGGAACACCAGCUACGCUUGACUUCUUCCCUGGAUCUCAGUGCCAUCCUUGCUCUCGGGAGAGGGCCCUGGCUGGAGACCUGCCUUGGUUCAUAUCCUAUGCUGUUGAGCAUGCUUGGAGCCCCAUGUCUGUUCCCAUUUCAUUUUCUGUGCACUAGCUCAAGUCAGCAAAUCCCUCAACCCACAUCUAGAGAAGCAGGAGCCCAUAGUCUCAAGUCCAAGGUGUAAAGAGGAUGCCUCCGACCACCCCUGACUGCAGUAAAUUGACUUCCUUUGAUGAAGAAACUGAGUGAUAACUAAAAGCCAGCUUCCUUGGAGAAAGGGAGGAUUCACCAGGAGAAGCAGGGAGCCUUCGGUGAGUGGAUCCCUCAGGGCUGUUGAGCCGCCUGUCCUCUCAAAGCGCAGCUCUGAGCCAGUGUGGCAGGGGCUCCGCCUCUGCUGCCCACAUGGAAGCCCGGAGCCGGGCUCCCAGGAGGCGGCCGUGCCCACCCGGGAUUGUGUUGUUGACCUUGGCCUCUCUGCUCAGCUGUCUGCUCACCUCCGGCCAGGCCAAGGUCUACAGUCGCUGCGAGCUGGCCAGACUGCUCCAGGAUUUAGGCUUGGAUGGAUUCCGAGGAUACAGCCUGGCUAACUGGGUCUGUCUGGCUUACUUCGCAAGUGGCUUCAACACAGCUGCUGUGGACCACGAAGCAGAUGGAAGCACCAACAGUGGCAUCUUCCAGAUCAACAGCCGGAAGUGGUGCAGAAAUCUCAACCCCAGUGUCCCCAACUUGUGCCAGAUGUACUGCUCUGACUUGUUGAAUCCUAACCUCAAGGAUACUAUUAUCUGUGCCAUGAAGAUAGCUCAAGAUCCCAAGGGGCUGGGGACCUGGGAGGCCUGGAGGCACCACUGCCAGGGCAAGGACCUCACUGACUGGGUCGAUGGCUGUGACUUAUAGGAUCCUCUCUGGGAGAUGUGGGUUGGUUCUCGACCCAGGCCUGGGAAGGCAAGUCAGUGAAUAAAAUAGAGUUUAACGUAA